AUGGAAAACGAAGGGGAAAAGAAAAAGUUUCCUUCAAGAUACCUACCCCUCCUCCUCCUCCUCCUCCUCAUCAUCAUCAUCAUCAUUUUGAACUUCUGGCGUACUAGUUUACAGGAUCAUAAAAAAAAUACCCCGCUCGUCGAGCCUCAUCCAUCCUCCGAUAGAAUCAUGGCAACCAAUAUUACGUGGCAUGCGGGUCUUACACGUGAAGAGCGUAAUACUCUUCGUGGACAACAGGGCUUCACGAUAUGGCUCACGGGUCUGUCUGCCUCGGGGAAGUCGACAAUCGCUACAGCGCUGGAGCAGCACUUGCUACACAACGGUGUAGCUGCCUACAGAUUGGACGGGGACAAUGUUCGUUUCGGCCUAAACAAAGACCUCGGUUUCUCCGAGAAGGACCGCAACGAGAAUAUUCGCCGCAUAGCUGAAGUAUCCAAGCUGUUUGCAGACGCUUCCACAGUCGCAAUCACCUCUUUUAUCUCCCCAUACGUUGCGGACCGUGCCGCAGCCCGGAGGGUCCACGAAUCAAUCCCCUUCAUCGAGAUUCAUAUCGAUAUCCCCAUUGCGGUCGCCGAAUCUCGCGAUCCCAAGGGACUCUACAAGAAGGCUCGUGCUGGUGAAAUCAAAGAUUUCACUGGGAUUUCUGCGCCAUAUGAAGCGCCCGAGAACCCGGAACUUAGGAUCGAGACAGACAAAGUGAGCGUUGAGGAAGCGGUCAAGAUCAUCGUGGAUUAUCUAGAGGAGAAGGGCCUAUUGAAAUUAGAAAAGAGGACGGUUGUUUGA